AUGCUGUGCUACAUGAAAGCUACAGCAGGAUCCAUCGGAUUGAAGGGAUCGAACACAUUGGGAACAAUGAGGGGGUUCGGCGCAAGGAGAAGCCUCUCGUCCAAGAAGCUAAGGAUUCUCAUCUCAGAGGACCACGACCCGUUCUUCAACCUUGCGACCGAGGAAUGGCUCUUCCGCACGGGCGACGUGACCUGCAACACGAUGUUCUUGUGGCGCAACGAGCCGACGAUCGUGAUAGGACGAUGCCAGAACCCAUGGAAGGAGUGCAACAUACAGAAGAUGAACGACAAAGGAGUUCACCUUACCCGCCGCUACAGCGGGGGAGGCACUGUGUAUCAGGACCUGGGAAACACAAACUUCACAUUCCUCUCCUCGACGACCAACUUUGACUCCAAGAAGAACAGUCAGGUCAUCAUCGAGGCUCUCAAGACUUUCGGCCUCACGGCCACCAUCUCAGGGAGGAACGACAUCCAAGUCGAUGGGCUGAAGAUUUCGGGAGCCGCUUACAAGCUUGCGCCACCUCGGGUGAUGAGAUACGAGGAGGACGAGGACGAGGACGAGGACGAGGACCUGGAGGAGUACAAGGCGCUGCAUCAUGGUACGCUCAUGAUCAACGUGGACUUGACUGCCCUCGGAUCUCUUUUGAACCCUAACAAGUUGAAACUCCAGACGUGGAGCGACAAGAUCACCCACGAGUCGCUUUCCCUCGCCCUUAUCGAUGCCUUCUGCGCACAUCACGGGUGA